UUGACUUUAAAAAUAACUCGCUUGCCUGUUCAUGACGAACAAACUACUGAUGAACGUUGGGAAAACACAACAACUAUUAAAUAAAUAUCAUAUCUUAUACAAUGUUUAACAUCAUCGUUGGUGCCCAGAAGGUGGGAAAAGCACGUGUGCGAAUACUGCCACAUGUUAGCCGAGCUGUAAUGAUUGUGUAGUAACUUUGCCAAAUCUAUGUUCAAUAUAUGUUAAUGUGUCGCAGGCUAUUGGCGAUUAUUUGUAAUAUCUAGGAUUUUGUAUCUUCCUUUGUUGAUUUCGGCGUCAUGUCACUCAUCUCUAAUGCAAUAUUUUUUUUAUAUGUCAACUUUUACGUUGCCAUAGUUGUUCAUUUCAGUGUCAUGCUCGGUCACCCUGUACCAAAUGUUUGUCGCUGUGCUGAUGAAACGAUUUCCUGGAGGUGGUUUAAAUAGUUGCCGAAUUGUAAAUAAGUGCGUACGUUUUUGUUAUGUAUAUAGCGCUACGAUUUACGAUGUCGUAUUACCAUUCAUAUGAGCGUUUCAUCUAUAUGUUGACGAAUAGUGUAAGGGGUUUGGUUUGUCCCUCGCGCACAUCAACUCUGAGCCCUCUACUGACCGUGAAAGAGCAUGUGUACUCCUAAUCCUGGAUUAUUAAGAACAAUAAUCUCAAUUUAAGACCUGGCGUUAGAAGGAGAAAUACAACGACAUUUAUUACGUCGUGUUGAGCAGCGUGGACCAUACCAAUAGACAUGUGUCUUUUCAGACUAGCAGUUCAUGUUAUUGUGAUGCUAAUUGUUAGCCUCAGCUUCGUCUCUUCCAAUGAUGUCUUUACGUUCAUAAGGAUGGGGAAUUUCACAUCCUCCACUCCUGCAAGUCUGUCCAGCACAGCCUGUGUGCGGUACGUUCAGGAAAUUGUGUCACAGCAUUGUGUUGUGAUAUUUUCUAAGACCACUUGUCCCUAUUGCAAAAUGGCCAAGAAUGUGUUCAAUGAAAUCGGUGCAACCUACAAAGUGAUUGAACUGGAUGAACAUGGUGAUGCGGGGCGACUGCAAGAUGCCUUGACUCAGAUCACUGGUGCCAGAACGGUGCCGAGAGUCUUCAUUAAUGGAAACUGCAUCGGCGGUGGCUCCGAUACCAAACAGCUCCAUCAGCAGGGAAAGUUGGUGCCCUUGAUCGAAACGUGCGCGCCCUGCUGCGCUGCGUCCAGCUCUGAAGGCUCGGGCAGCGGACAGUUUGAGUCUGAUAAAUGACUAACCGUUUUUGUAGUAUUUUACAAUCACAUAUUUAUUACAUGUUUUCACAGUCUUACGCUACAAGUUGGACAAUAGGCUACUUGAGUUUGAUUGUGAUUUAUUUUUCAAAGUGCAUUGGAUAUUUGAUUUUUCCGUCCAGAGUUGUAAAGUACAUUUGUUAAAGUUGCUGUCUUUUAAACAAAGGGUGUACAUGCAUAUAAGUCAAAAUACUUCUAAUACAUCUUUUCUGCAUGGUUCUAUUGAACAGUAUUACACUCGUGGACACACAUUACCUCUCGAAGCAUCAAGCUUCAUCAAACUGAUCAUGUUGCUGCAGAACUUUCUUUAUGGCUUUAUUUGUUUUAUCUUUAUUCUGUUGUCUUGAUGCACACAUUUUAAUGUGACAAGCAUAUGAACAUUCUUAAGGAACAUUUGUUAUUUGUUCAUAUGGUAAGGAAAGUAUUGGCAUGAAAAAAUUCUCGUCAGCAUCUUUCAUAUUAAUGCCUUUGAUGUUGAUUUUUGAUUUUAUUUUAUUUAAAAUUAGGUUGGAAGUUGAUUUUUUUUAACUUUGGAGAUCAUUGGAAAAUCACUGGUGCUCAUUUUAUGAAUAUAAACAUUAGCAAGCAAUUAUAUGAGGUCACAAACAAACGUAUUUAAUGAAUAAACUGAAUCCAUUUAGGUAAAUUUC